GAGUUUUAGAAGAGUUUGAGAAACUUAAACGACAAAUUGGAAAUCAUAAUCGACCAAAGGGCGAGUUCAGGAAUCGAUUCAGAUACGAACAAUGUUCUUGUUCCUGGAGUUGACAUUUUUCUUUAUUUAAAAAAUGUCAGUGAUGAAGAAGAAAAAAAGAUGUCUGAUGUUUUACAAAAGUUGUUUGAAGAGGUCAUAAAUCAUAACAAUGAUCUCAAAUCCAGCAUACCACCCAAUUUAUAUGCUAGACUAAGAACGGCAGUCAAUGAAACAUUUCACUUAUUUGUUUCUAAAGGAUGGAGAAUCAAAAGCGCUAAACGUAAAUGCAUAAAACUGCAUAUAAAAUGUAGUAAUUUUAAAUCGCUUGCCAACUUGUUUAGGGAACAUACUAAUGGAAAAAUCCACAACCAUCUAACAGAUUUAAAUGAAGCAUUAGCCGAAUGUGUCAAUGGAGAAAAGUCAUACAUUGAAACUAUUAUUUAUAAAGGCGAGUUUUGGAAUGUUUUGGACAAAUCAAUCUCAUUCGUCGAAAUAUAUUUAUCGGUUCUCAACAUCGACGUUGCAAAGCAAAAUGAUAACGUGCAACCACUCCAUAAAGACAGGAGGGCUACAUUAUCGUUAACAGCUCAAAAUGUAAAGUCUGAAAACAACGCAUCCUUUGAGCGAGACUGCAACAAUGAGCUUAAUACUUGUCUACAAUUACUGAAAUCAGAACUCCAAUCAGAAUUUCAUGCCCCGCAUUUAUCAAUUCAAGUAAAUUGCUCGUCAAAUGUGAAUCGCGAAACAGAUGAUAAGGAAAACAGUGAUAGGUUUCAAGAUGAAGAAUAUGACAAGACAGCGAUCACGCAACGGUCUUUGAAAGAGAUUGAUCCAACAAAAGGGGGACAUGAAAGAGGAAAAGAUCACAGUGAAGAAAAGACGGAACUUACGGAACAAAAUCGGCGUGAUCGAAAGUUGGCAAUGUCGAGAAAAGAAGAGGAAGAGGCAGCCAAUUGGACGAAAGCAAUUUCCGGUUUGACUAUCACAAAAAAAUGUCUCAUUGUUUCCACCAGUAGAAGGUUGAAAAAAUUUCUGAGUUCUUUUUCACAGGAACAGCUUGACCAUUUGUCCGAAUUUCUCAACAAUACACAAAACUUAACAUUUAAAACAGUAAAGGGGACAAAAAUGUGGAAAAUAUCUCCAGGUUGUUGUGAAUCAAAUCUGUGCCAAACCAUCCUAGACAUGUUAUGGGAGAAACAUGUAAACAAAUCAAAUAGGGUUGUUUGGAGCCCUAGGAUCGAGAAAAGUGUAGGGUAUAACCAAAAUAAGAAGAAAGUGACCUUGUCAAAUACAACUGUAGUCUAUGAAAAAUGCUUUGUUUGCGGGGAAUCGAAUUGCCCAUUCGCGAGUAAACAAAAAUACAAUCCUUUGUUCGUUGACACGGAACAAAAUGAAGACGUUGAUAAGUUCUACUGGGAGAUUGCAAGCAUGUUCAUGUUCCGUGGAAAUGAGAGAAAUCAUUUUCCAAAUUCUGGGCCUGAAGACACUGACGCUGCAUUGAUUUUCAAGUUGAUGAAGAAUUGCAGAUUGUUCUCACUAGAUAUGGAGACUGGUAUAGAUAAUGGGAUUUACGACGAUUUGCUUGAAGUGAGAAACCUGUUGAUGCACAGUGCUGAUAACCGCUUGUCGGAUGAAGCUUUGGAGGAAUGUUUCAAGCGUAUGGAAUGUAUACUGAAAGCAAGCAUGUUUGCCAACGAAUAUAGCAAAAAGGCAAUAUCUGAACUAAAAAAGUUAAAAGAUAUGCGUAUCAUAAUGACUUCGCUGACAUCACAACAGGCAGCUAUGGUUGAAGCAGCUUUCAACUUACAACAGUCUUCAGUAGAAUUUGACAUACAUUUUAGGGGCUCAUUGAAAAACGACUACGUUUUAGAAGGUAUCCUAAAAGCAAAUCAAAAGAAUAGUAGGAAGUACUCAGGAGAUGCUGAUCAGAAUCCAGCGCCUCCAAGUCACACUCCAGCACCUCCAAGUAAGAGUCCAGAUCCUCCAAGACAGAGUCGAAAGUUUUCAAAACGGGAUAAUACUGGAACGGCGGCUGGUGCAACGACGGGGGCGGUAAUUGGGUCAUUCGGAGGUCCUGCAGGGUCGGUUCUCGGAGCAGCAGUAGGAGGGCUUUUUGGAAAGCUGUUUGACUAA